AAACGGAACAGCUCAGGAAGCUUAGAAGCUAUAGUAUUUUUCUCCCUAACCAAAAUAAUAAUAAUCUGUAGAAUAGUAUUUCUCACUUUUUCCUUUCUUUUCCCAAAUUACUAGUUGAGAAGAAGAAUAAUAUAAAAGAAAAAGGAAAACGACUGCAAAGGGCAAAAUACCACAUCUGAAACGCAUAAUCAAAACAACGAUAACCCAAUUUGUCACCGUUUUACAGGAAAUCAGAUUCCCAUUGAUUUACAGAUCUGUUUUUUGCUUCUUCUAGUCCUUGUUUUGUAUAUAUGGGUGGUUGUCUAGGAUGCUAUGAGAAGCCGAGUUUCAAUCCCUUGGUGAAUGAGUCGUCAAAAGGACUAAACGUUCAAGGUCAGACAGUCAGGAAAGCCAGCAUAUCAGAAGAUUUCUGGACCACUAGCACUUGUGAUAUGGACAACAGUGCUGUGCAGUCACAGGGAAGCAUCUCAUCGAUCAGCACAAGCAACCAGACACUUGAUCUGCAUGGCAGUGUUGCAACUGCUAAUGCCCCAGCUGAAUUUGUAAAUCAUGGCCUUCUUCUCUGGAAUCAAAUUAGGCAGCGCUGGGUGGGAAACAGGAGGUCUCAAAAUCGGAAGCAAUUGGUUCAAGAACCCAAGCUAAACACUCAUUGUCUCAGCAUGGUUAAACAAUUCUGGCUUUGCAGUUGGAAUGUGACUUAUGAAAAUUUACUUGGAAGCAACAAGCCAUUCCCUCAGCCUAUUCCUCUUUCUGAAAUGAUAGAUUUUCUCGUGGAUGUUUGGGAGCAGGAAGGGUUGUAUGACUGAGCAACAACAGUACAACUACAUUUGAGAGAUGGUGAGAUAUCAAUAUUUAUCUGACUUGUUGUAACAUUUUAAUUGCUUCAAUAAGUAAAUGCAUUGGAGCAUAGCCUGGUGUGUAUAUCAACUGUAACAAUUUCAGGGUCAUGCCUGCAUCUGGUGUCCUUUUUUUCAUUCUAACUCAACAGACCUUUUAGACAUGCUAUUUUAUUGAACUGGAACUAAUCCAAAAUAGAAAAUACUAGCGCCUUCUGGUUUUCAGGGCAGCAAAA